AUGCAUGUUGAUACUAAUGUAUUAGCACCGAGCGAUUCUGAGGAAACAGAUGCUGAGGACACUGAAGCCGAAAAGUUCGGCAUUUGGUUAAGACAUCGUCGAAUUGAUGGAGCUUUGAAUAGAGUUCCACCUGAUUUCUAUGCAAUGUUAUGGGAUACUGUACGACGUUUUCCUCGUGGUCUGUCAAUCAAUCAUAUUGUUCUGCAUUGGGGUGUAACACAGGAGAUGACACGUAGAGAAAUCAAAUUUGCAUUACAGGUUGAGGAAGUACUAAAUCAGAUUGCUGAACCGGAAUAUCGUGAAAUUAUGAUAGAAGCUUUGUCGCUUUUAAGCAGAAUGGAUCGUUUAUUGAAAAUGGAUAAUCCCAAUAUACCCCAUGAUCAACCUUUUGUAGUAGAUUCUGUGAUUCACAGAGCGAACAAAUUGUUUGUUGAACAUAACAAGAAAAUGGAAACAAUCGUAAUGGAAUGUUGUGGGUCGUGGAAGCGUUGUGAUGGUGCACAAGGGAUGUGUCAGCACUUCUACGAUUCAGCUCCAGCUGGUGAAUACGGUACAGCUCAUUAUCUGAUAAAAGCUUUAAUGGAUAUCUUUGUUCUAGGAACUUGA